AUGCCCUCUUCAAAUGCGGACCAGUUCCACCUCACCGAGGAACAGAAGCAGCAUUGGCUAGAGCAUGGGUUCAUCAAGGUAGAAGGAUGCUUUUCCCGCGAGGCUGCCGAACAGUUCACCUCAUCGCUAUGGACUCGGUUGGGAGCUUCUCCCGACGACAAAUCCACGUGGCCCGCUGAGAGGCUGAACAUGCCAGGCCACACUUCUGUACGUGUCGAGGAAUUUGCACCGAAGGCAUGGCAUGUCAUGUGCGAGCUCGUUGGCGGCGAAGAUAGGAUGGCGGACUGGUGCAAAAUGUGGAGGGACAAUUGGAUUGUCAACCUCGGAAAGCCAGAGUUUCAACCCACAGACCCGCUGGACUUUCGCACGCUUGAUGGCUGGCAUAAUGACGGAGACUGGUUUGUGCAUUUUCUGGACAGUGGAGAGCAGGCACUCCUAGUCAUCCCUCUCUUCAGUGACAUUGAGCCAAAGGGUGGUGGCACGGUUAUUUGCACGGAUGGAAUCGGCCUGGUGGCAAAGAAAUUGUAUGAGCAUCCAGGCGGAACUACACCGUUCCUCGCGCCCAACGGCACUCCGGACAUCCAAGGUCCGAAUCGCCGCACUCUAUGGAUGAAGUGGGUCAGCGACCCGGAGGCCACACGCCAAGAAUCUUUCCACGAAGCGACUGGCAAGGUCGGCGAUGUGUAUUUCCUACACCCAUUGAUGCUUCACUCUGCCUCGCGAAACCUCCUCCAAGCCGUGCGUGUUAUCACGAAUCCCCCCGUUGCACUCAAGGGACCCUUCAACUUCAACCGUUCGGAUCCCAAGGAAUACAGUCUCGUGGAACAAAAGACUCUUCGAGACCUAGGUAGGGCCGGUGGUUUGCCCGAGUGGAAGAUUACAGCUCCGCGUGAGUUACUCUCACCACAACGGGUGAAGAAUCAGGAAGAGAUGAAACGUGUUGAGCUCGAGCGAAUGGCGAAAGCGGCUGUGCCGAUCACACAGUUAGCGAUAGCAACGCAGGUAGACCAGUAUUAUCCGUCAUGA